GCAGAUUAAUGGUGCGUGGAUUCAGCUCAAUGAUUCAGCAGGUUCAGCGUUACUAAUCGGCCACGACAAAUGUCACAGCUGCCACACCAGCCCCCUUCUCUCUCUCUUCCUGAAGUUCCUGAAGACAAGUCCUCUACUCUGGCUGCCCUGGCCCCCUCAGCUCCCUAUGAGCAUCACCCGCUGCUGCCCUGUCCGCAUGCCCGAAUCACCGUCCGUCGCAAGACCAGCCAGCUCGAGCUGUGGCGGGACCGUGUUCACCAUGGGCGGCCCCGCAAGGACUCCCGCGAGCGGCACAAACCGGUCCAUCGCGACAGUGGCGGCCAGUACCCGAAGCAGCUGACGGUCAUGAGUAGGUCUGAGAGGGAGGCUGACCCGUUGGCCUUCAGCCGCGGGAAGCUGUCCAUUGUGUCGGAGGGGCGGCGCGGCGCCAUCCUCGUCGUCGAGGGCGACUCGGCCGUCGUCAACAUCCCGCUCGUCCACGGCACUCGCAUCGCACGCAAACAGACCGGCAAAGAGCGCACCGACGAGGGGCUCGUGGCCCCUGACAAGACCACAGACGGCGAGGAGGGGGAGCACAAUCGCGAGUACGUCCUCGUCACGGCCCACCAGCCGCUUCGGAAGCGGCAGGCCCCCCAGCAUUCGCCCCUUCAGGCGAUCGAGGCGCCCAGCGACAGCAGCUGCAUGGGCGUUCGGCCGCCGCAUGGCGGGAUGGAGUUGCUCGUGUGUGUGGAGCUGCUGGAGGUGCACUACGAUAGCCGCAGGAAGUGCCGGUGCUUCUUCCGCGAGCUGGAGUUUGUGUUCAGCCAGUACUGUGCGUUCGGGGUGGGGGCCAUCGAGUCGGUGGGCAGCCCCCUGACGGAUGAGGGGCGGGCAUUGGACGUGGCCGCCCAGACGGCCACCAACACGCAGAGCCGCCACGCAUAUGAGCUGAGGAUGAAGGGGGGCGCCGCUGAACGAAUACAGGUGGGCAAAGGCAGACACACACACACGCGGAGGGAGGGAGGGAGGGGCGGUUGGUUGAUCGAUCGGCGUGUUUGUGCGUCUCUCUCUCUGUGCGUGUGUGUGUGUCAGGCGUUCGGCAGUGGUUGUGGUUUGAUGAUAACUCGUGGCAGCGACGCCCUUGGUGCCGGCAUUCGCACGUUUGCGCACGCGUACACGCACAACGUCACCCACUGGUUCGGCAAGAAGGACCGGGAGGUCACACAGCAAGCCAAGGAGAGAGCAGAACGACACAACAAGGUCUGUCAGAUCAGAGAGACAGACAUCACAGCAAGCACGUGUCAUUGAGUGAGAUGCUGAUACGCGCCAUGCCGUGUCGGUGAUCAGAUAGCCAACGACGUGUACCGAGGUCUCCAGUUCGUGACAUCAGCCAUCAUGACCCCCGUGCGCCUCCUGGGCCGCGGGGCCGCCUCGAUGAGCCACACCAUCACCGACAUGAUGUCACCCAACAGCGACAACAACGACGGCGGCACCACCACCGCCACACCCAAGAGGGACAGAAGCCUCCCACCCCCGCCACACCACAGCCGCCUCCACACAGGCACUCCCCACUCCAACACCCCAGACGCCUCCACCACCUCCAGACGGACAGUCUCUGUGUCGGCCGAGCCACAACCAUCGCAACCGUCGCAACCGUCAUCAUCCUCUUCUCCCCUCGCGCGUCAGUUUGUGCAGCCGAGCGUGCGGCUGCCACUCAACCCGCCGCAGAGCGUCGGCGACACUGAGGGGGAGGGGGAGGACGAGGAGUCGGCUGGAGGGAGGGGUGGCGGUGUGCGGCCCGACGUGCAUUGGCGGCGGCAUCUGGCAGAGGUGGUGAGCAGUGUGGGCAUCGCAUACGUGCACGUCAUGCGCAACGUGGACAUGGGCGUCAAGAACGUCGUCGAGUCCAUCCAAGAUGCCGCUCUGCACCACUCAAAAGAAGUGUACGUCUGGUGGACCCACCGCAUACCACACAGAGACACCGGAGGGAGGAGGUGCACUGCACGGGUGCUGUGUGUGUGUGUGUGUGUGUGGUCAGGUACGGUGAGGACUGGACGAAUGAGGUGACGAAAAGGCAUGUGGAGGCGCUGGAUCGAUGGGGGAUGGGUGUGUACCACGGCCUGUACGCCUACCAAAUGGGACUCACUGACGUCGCCAUGUACAUGGCCGCAGAAGUCGGCGACCAAGGCAUCAACAGGUCGGCAGACGAACAACCGACGGAUAUAUAACACACACACACACAUGUACUGUACGUGUGGCUAAUUGUGUGCCUGUCUGUCUGCAUCAGGAUCGGCUACCUGUCUGGUCCUGUGUUGAUGCAAGGGUACCUGCUGCUGGCGUCGCCCCCCCUCCGCCCCGACUUCCAGAAGCGCUGGGUGGUGGUGAGGCCCUGGUCCAUCUGCUUCUACGAGUCGAGCAGCCACCUCGCCCGCCGGCCCCUCUACACCAUCCCCACGGGCAACCUCUCCAGGCGAUGCCACUACCACAGAGACAAGGAGGAGAUCGAAACAUCCACACUCGACCUCUGCGUCUUCUACAUGCGGUCCACAUUCCUCGCACCCACCGUACCCGAUCUUGCCGACGAGGAUGUCGGCGGACUGCCCGGCCUGCCUCCCUUACCUGCAGGCUCUCGGCGAGGGUCCGUUCUGAGUCGAAACUCCUCCAUGCCCAUCCACAGACGGUCGACGGACGCUGCUGAGUCCGUCAUUGUCGCCGACUUGGCGGGCGAGUCACAGCCGGCAUCGGCAGCGUCCGACUUGUCCCCCACGGCUCACGAUCGCACCCGCUCUCUGUCACCAUCGCCAUCGCCGGCGCCGUCCGGUCGCCGAUUCCCCCGUUCGUCCUCUGACGACACCACCCCCUUCCACUCGCUAGAGGACAUGCCGGGGCGUGGGUCACUCGACGACCAUUCCCCCACCAUGUCAGACAGGGGCGUAGACACGUCAUCGAGGGGCUCUCGCAGAGUUUCCCUCAGCAGUCGUUGGCAUCAUCGCCACGGCGGUGGUGGUUUAGAGCGUCGGUUCAGGGGGGCGUUUCGGAGGUGGGGGUCGCUGGGUGCCGAUGUGGUGCCGCCCGGGGCUCUGGAGGAGGCCAGGAGGGAGCUCGCCAUGUGGUUCGACAAACUCUCAAACGCCUGUGGGCGGACGGUGAGCUUCAGGGCGGGGGAAAGGCUCGGUGCACAGAUGUGUGUGUGUGUGUGUGUGUCAGGAAGACAUUUGUUUUGAGGACUACGGGUCGGCUCUGAUCAACGAGCUGGACGUUCUGGAGUUCGAGAAGCCCCGGCGGCUGCGGGUGGAGGUGACGGUGCUGGCGGGUGAGGGGCUGGGCCUGCCACCGGUGCCCCGCUCACUCAUACCCCUGCCCCUGCUGCACCGGCAUGGCGACAAGGGCUUCCUCCGCUUCACACGCCUCAUCAACCCCUACUGUGUGGCCGUCCCCGCACUCUCGAGCGGACACGAGAUCACCAAAGAGGAGCGACAGGUAGGUACUCGGUGUCUUGUGUAUGGAUGGCUUCACGGGCGGCUGGCCUGAUGGUGUGUGUGUGUGUGUGUGUGUGGCAGUUGACGAGUCCCGUGAACGGCACCCGCGACCCCCGUUGGGAGCCGCCGACGCCGGUGACGUUUGGCGAUCGUGUGUCCAUCGACACGGCCAGAGUGCUCAUCGUCAAGGUACGCAGCCGCACACACAGACACGACAGCAGUGUGUGAAGACAUCCACCACCAGUCAGAGUGUGUGCCUGGGUUUUUGUGGGUGUGCAGGUAAAGAGCAAGGAGCUCAAGUGGGGCGAUGACGAGAUCGUGGGUUCCAUCCCCAUCCUCCUGGACGGCUUCAAGAUGGCACUCGACCACAACCUCGGCAUCAAACCGUCACCCUCAUCCCUCUCUGACGUUAUGCCCCCCCUCCGAGCACCCAGCACCGACUCCUCCCCGCCUCCCUCACCCGCCCCCUCCGUCCCAUCACUCUUCCCCCCAUCCCCCGGUUCAUCAUCAUCAUCACCAGCAGCAGCGGCGUGGAGCGGCGACACCGACGAGUGUUUUGAAGCCUGGAUGGCCCUGCAGCCCGCCAGCGCCGAGCACCUGGCCACUCUCACGGAGAACUGGCAGCUGCUGCAGAAGGUGUCGGCGGCCGAGUCGUCGCCAGGCCGCACCGGCCCCCUGGCCAACGUGGUGGCGGCUUUUGGGCAGACGAGCCACGGCAUGUGGCGGCACAUCAAGCAGACCUUCUCGAGGGGGAGCCAGCCAUGCGUGACGGACGAGCAGAGGGGGGCAGAGGACGGACAGGGAGAAUCGGAGGAGGGCGCCGUGCCCCCUCCAGUGGUCAGCGCGUCUGCCCCCACAUUGCCGACCAAGGGAGAGGACACACACGAGACCAACGAAGGAGCAAUCGGCAACGGCGAUGGGACAGAUGGGGCGGGAGGUGGAGAGGAUGGCGAGGGUGGGGACGAACAAUCGGAGCUGCCGGAAGGCGUCAUAGGGCACCUGCACAUUCGCAUUCGGGCAUAUUACGCGCGGGACGAUUGACUUAUAGAUAGGCGGAGGAGGGAGGGAGGGAGGGAAGGAGAUGGAUGCAGUGCACCAGUAAGAUGAUAUCUCCCACCAAAUCAACUAACCCACCAUGUUGAUCCAUCGCAUCAGCGUUGCCAUGGUGUAACGUGGUGUGGUGUGGUGCUGUGUGGCAGGCGUGAUGUGUGUGUGCAUAGUGGCCGGUCAGUCACCUGUGGUAUUUUCUCAGUUGUGUCAAUAUGCAUGUAUGUGUGUAUGCUGUGGCCCAUCCAUCCAUCCAUCCGUCGUUGUCUUCCUGUCUUGUGACUGUAUAGAUGCAGCAUUGCUGCCUCAGCAGAGCAUCUCAGCGUCGUUGGCCCUCUUUUUGUGUUGUUGUCUUGUUGCUGACGGGGGAAAGGGUGGAGUGAGGAUGCUUGACCUUGCAGCCAUGAACCAUCGUG